AUGAACCUGCAAGAGGAGCUGCAACUCCAGGAGUGGGUGCUGCAGCACUUGCAUCGCCAGGAUGCGCUGCUGCUGCCUCAAGAGCAGCAAGAGGAGCUGCUGCAGCAGCAGCAGCAGUUGCUGCACUAUUCGCCUAGACUGCAGCAGCCGCAACAAAAGCAGCAGCAACAGCAGCAGCAGCAGCAGCACAAGCAGCGGAGAGGGUCCUGGUGCACUACAGAUGGCGGCACACGUGUGCGACAGCCUCCCUCGCUAAAGCAGCAGCAGCAGAAGCAGCAGCAGCAGAAGAAGCUGCAGCAGCAGCGGAAGCAGCAGCAGCAGCAAGAAGCAGCAGGCCGUUCUCUUACCUCUGCGAUGCUUCUGCGGCUGCAGAAGCAUCUACACUUCGUCAAUGAGCUGCGCCGCGAGCAGCAGCAGCAACAGCAGCAGCAAGAGCAACAGGAGCAGGAGCAGCAGCAGCCACAGCAGCAGCAGCAGCAGCCACAGCAGCAGCAGCAGCAGCAAGAGCAGCAAAUAUUAACAGAAGACUUGCAAGAGGCUGCUGUUGCCCCUGAAGAGAAGCAGCAGCAACCGAAGGAGCCACAACAGCAAGCUGCUGCUGUUGCUGCUGCUGUUGCUGCAGGGACAGUGCAGCAACAAAAGUUGCAGCAGCAGCAACAACAAAAGCAGCAGCAGGCAUUGCAGCAACAGCAACCACACCAGCAGCAACGGCAGCACACACAGCAGAAACAUCAGCAGCAGCUGCUGCAGCGGCAGCGGCAGCGGCAACAGCAGCAGCAGCAGCAGCGAGUUCGUGCGGCAUCUGCAGGCAGCCCUGCUGCUGCUGCUGCUGCUGCUGGCAGCUUGUGGGACGCAUUACUAGCGGAGACAGAGAAGGAAGCAUCUGUGCCUCGUGCACCAACUUCUGCUGCUGCUGCUGCUGCCUCUCCUGCUGCUGCUGCCGCUGCUGCUGCUGCUGCUGCUGCUGCUGCUCGGCGAAGGGCUGUGCGUUCUUCUCAGUCGAAAUGUGCUGCUGCUGCUGCUGCUGCUGCUGUUUCGUCAGGAGCAGCAGCUGCUGAUCCUGAAGCGGCUGCAGCAGCAAAAUAUGCUUCUGCUGCAGUAGGUGCAGCAGCAGCAGCAAAGGAUGCUGCAGCAGCAACAGAUGCUGCAGCAGAAAAAGUUGUUGAAGCAGCAACAGACGCUGCAGCAGCAACAGAUGCUGCAGCAGCAACAGAUACUGCAGCAGCAACAGAUACUGCAGCAGCAACAGAUACUGCAGCAUCAACGGAUGCAGCAGCAUCAACAGAUGCAACAGCAGCAGCAGAUGCAGCAGCAGCAGAUGUACCGGCAGCAGAUGCAGCAGCAUCAAAGGAAGCAACAGCAGCAAAAGAUGCAGCACUAGCAGAUACAGCAGCAGCAGCAGCAGCAGCAGCAGAUGCAGCAGCAAAGCCGAUGAUGCCCCCACUGCCUCGUGCAUACAGAGGGCAGCCAACGUGUCCACGGCGGCCGCCACUGUCUGCUGCUGCUGCUGCUGCAGGGAAUCCUGCUGCUGCUGUUGUUGCUGCUGCAGGGAAUCCUGCUGCUGCUGCUGCUGACGUGUCUGCGUCGGGGCAGGCUGCAGCAAGUUGCCAACUGCGUAGCUGCUGCAACAGCAGCAGCAGCAGCAGCACCACCCGCAGCAGCAGCAUAUGCAGCAGCACCAUCACUACUAAUACAAGCAGAAGACAGCAGGCCAUGGAGAAAAGCCCUCAACGUGCCGCUGCUGCUGCUGCUGCUGCUUCGCGUGCUGCUGUUUCGCGUGCUGCUGCUGCGCGCGCUGCAGCUGCACGCAAGAACUCCGGAGACCCGUAUGCUCAAAAGUACUUGGCAGCAGCAGCAACAGCAGCAGCAGCAGCACCAGUAGCAACAAAAGAAGCAGCAGCAGCUGUAAGACAAGCGUCGACAGCAGCAGCAGCAGCAGAACCUCCAGUAGUAGUAGCAGCUGCAACACGAAGAGCAGCAGCUGCUGCAGCUGCAGCAGCAGCUGCAGCAGAUGCAGCAGCAGCAACAAGAGUAUUAGCAGCAGGUGGUCACUGCCCGCAGCACUCUUCUGCUCCGCCUAGACAGCACCAGAGGCAGCGGGCGCUGUGCACGAGGCAGCAGCGGCAGCAGCAGCAGCAGCAGCGACAGCAACAAGAGCAGCAGCAGCAGCAGCAAACACCGCUGUGCUUGCGUUGCUACAGCCCAUCUAGUGAAAGAUCCACCGCUAACGUGAGCAGCCGCCAGCAGCAGCAGCAGCAGCAGCUGCUGCAGCAGCAGACUCGGAAGGCGGCGACAGCAGCAGCUACAGCAGCACCUGUUGCGUCUACAGCAGCAGGAGCAGCAGGAGCAGCAGCAACAGCAGCAAAAGGCAGCUGUAGCAGCUGCUGCACUGCGCCUCUUCGUGGUGUCCCUUGGGGAGGUUGCGGCCGCCAUCCAGCAGCAGGAGCAGCCACAGCAGCAGCUCCUGUUGCUGCAGCAGCAGCACCUGCUGCUGCAGCAACUGCUGCUGCUGCUGCUGCUGCUGGGUCUGCUGCACAUACACCCCACGGGAGUCGCAGUCUCUCUGCUGGAUCUCUAAGAAGCUUAGAUUGCCUAACGCCCCCCCAUUGCGCACUAGGCCGCCAUUUUGCUGCUCCUGCUGCUGCUGCACCUGCUGCUGCUGCUGCUGUUGCUGACUUGGGUGGCGGUGUGGCGCAAACAGCAGCAGCAGUUGCUGCUGCUGACGAAGAAUCGCUGCAGCAGCAGCAGCAGCAGCAGCAUAGCUGCAGAGAUACUCGGCAUCCGUCGAACGUCACACACAAGACAGGCACGCCUGCAGCAGCAGCAGCAACCGCUGCUGCUGCUGCUGCUGCAACGGCAGCUAAAGGUGCUGCUGCAAUGCACUGCUGCCUACAGCGCUGCCGCCAGCAGCAAAGGGCAACUGAGGCUUCGCAGGCCUCUACUGCUGCUGCUGCAGCAAAUGCCGCAGCAGCAGCACCUGCAGCAGCAGCAGCAGCACCGGGUUAUACAGGCCAUCAGCUUGCUGCUGCACCUGUGGAGAACGAGCAGCAGCAGCAGCAGCAGCAGCCCCGAGUGCUGCACAACCACAAGAGGCAGCAGCACUGCAAAAAGAAGCACAUCGUUCUGCUGAUGCAUGCAGCAGCAACUCAGAGCAGCAGCAGCAGCAGCAGCAGCUGUAACAAUACAUGCAACCGUGGAGAUCAAACAAGCCGGCAGCUAUACAAUAUCCCGGCUUCAGCAGCAGCAGCAACAGCAGCAGCAGCAACGGCAGCAGCAACAGCAGCAGCAGCAGGUCCUCCGUCUAGUUUGGCACUGAUCCCCUUCGACGGCGGAGGCCGCACGUUGGCCCACAGCGAUCUGCUGCUGCAGCAGCAGCACAACGCGCAGCAGCAACAGCAGCAGCAGGAAGCACAGCAGCAGCAGCAGCAGCAGCAGCACGGGUUGCCUGAUGGGCAGGGCCGCAUGCAGUGCGAACCUUUACGGGUUGCGCAUCUGUGCCAGACAACUUUGCUGCAGCUGCAGCAGCAGCAGCAGCAGCAGAAGCAACUGCAGCAGCAGAAAGUGCAGCAGCAAACGCCGCCGCAGCAGCAGCAACAACUGGAGCAACAGCAGCAAAUGCCAGCAACACUAAAUCUAGUUGCUGCUGCACCUGAUUGCUUCUCCUGUUUGCCCUGGCAGCAACAUUUGCAGCAGCAGCAAGUGCAGCAGCUGCAGCAGCAGAAGGUGCAAAAGCUGCAACAGCAGCAUGUGCAGAAGGUACAGCUGCAGCAAGUGCAGCAGAUGCAGGAGCAGCAGCAGCAAGUACAGCAGCCGCAGCAACUACAGCAGCAAAAACAACACCAGCUGCAGCACCACAGCACACCGAGUAGCCAGCAGUACCAGCAGCAACAGCAGCAGCAGUUGCGUCAGCAGCAGCUGCAGCAGCAGCAGCUGCAGCUGCUGGUGGAACCAGGGCACCCCACACUGCAGCAGCUGCAACAGCAGUAUGCCGAACUGCAGCAGCUGCAGCAGCAGCAUGCAGAACUGCAGCAAAUGCAGCUGCAGCUUCAGCAGCUGCAGCAGGAGCAGCAGCUGCAGCAGGAGCAGCAGCUGCAGCAACAAGAGAAGGCUGCAUGCGAUGACCAAGGUACCCUAACCACAGCGGGUAGCAGCAGCAGCAGCAACAGCAACAGCAGCAGCUUCCCCUGUUAUCCAUUGCCAUAUCCGCAGCAGAAUCAGCUGCUUCUGCUGCAGCAGCAGCUGCAGCAGCAAAUGCAACUGCAGCAGAAGCAGCAGCAAGUGCAACUGCAGCAGCAGCAGCAGCAAGUGCAACUGCAGCAGAAGCAGCAGCAAGUGCAACUACAGCAGCAGCAACAGCCACAAGUGCAGCAGAACCGCUGCUGCAGCAGACUCUGCAGGGUGUCUGCUCCCUCUAACAUUGAUGAGCAGCAGCAACAGCUGCUGCUGCAUCAGGUGCAGCAACAGCAGCAGCACCUGCUGCUGCAGCGACAGUUGCAGCAGCAGCUGCCUAGUCUUCUUACUACCCCGCUUAGCAGUGUAUGCAUGCCCCCGCAGCUGCAUCAACUGACGAAGAAGCAGGAGCUGCAGCAGGUGCAGCCACAGCAGCAAAUGCAGCAGCAGCAGCAGCAACAGAAAGUGCAGCAGCAGCAGCUGCAGCAGCUGCAGUGUUUUGCUCCCCCCCUACCUCAUCCUUGCUUGCCCAAAGAUAACCCUCCAGGCACUCUGCUGCUGGCGCAUCUGCAGCAAAUGCAUGCAGGCCAGCAGCAGCAGCAGCAGCAGCAGCAAGAGCAGCAGCUGCUGUGGACUAAGGAAGUUGAGCUUAUGGAGGAAGAGAGCUGCAGCAUUAGCUGCGGCGAUGCGCCCCCAACGCAGCGGCUGCUGCCUGUUGCUGCUGCUGCUGCUUCUGCAUGCAGUUCAUUGUUUGACCCUGCUGCGGGGCCCCAAGAGCAGCAGCGACAGCAGCAGCAGCAGCAGCAGCUUCAACUGCAGCAGCCUGCAAGUAAGCAGCAACAGCAGCAGCAUCCUAUGCUACAGAUGUGGGAAGGCAGCACAGCAGCAGAGCUGCAUUUGCAGGACUGGGGAGAAGAGGAGCAGCAGCUGCUGCUGCAGCAACAACUGCAGCAGCAGCAGCAGCAGCAGCAGCCAGGCGUAAUGCGGCUGCUGCAGUUGGCAGCAGCAGGUAGCCGUCAGCUCAGAGAGAGAGUUGUUAGAGAUCCCUCUAAGGAGGUAGAGAUAUCUGCAGCAGCAGCUGCUGCUGCUGCCGCUGCUGCUGCAGCAAAUAUGUCUACUACUAACACUGCAGCAGCAGCAGCAGCAGCAGCAGCCGCUGCUGCUGCUGCUGCUGCUGGUGGUCGUCUUACGGAGUGUACAGACACUUAUAAUAACAUAAUAUAA